AGAUGUCGCUACGGUCAGGAUACGCUAGAGUCGCUAGAGGAGGACCAGGCCUGCGAGAGGCACCGGGCAUGGCAACGCCGCCUGGUCCAAAAACAGUACGAGGGGCGAGCGCGAGCACCAGGCUGGUGUUCUAUCGUCGCUACGAUAAAUGGCUCUUCGACGUCGGCUACGACAUGCUUUCUUACGUCAGGGUUGCCAGAUCUACCGCGCCCGGUGGACGCGUCAGGCAAAAAUACACUCUCGGCUGUGUGCGUCGGCCUUCGACGUCACAGCAGUCUGCGAAUUUUGCAGGCUCGAGCAACGCGAGCUGCCGCGAUCGCCAGCUAAGAAACGCGCCGGCUCUGAGUCACGCGUCGCGCCUGAGCCGAAGAGCAGGAUGCCGAAGUCGCGGAGACCGUGGCUGAUAACUCUGCGGCCUAG